AUGUUACCCCCUGCCAGCGGGGCGGCAGUCCCAUGGUUAACGCUGUUUUUCCUCAGCCAAGGUCACGCCAUACCUGAAGCAUCCAAGGUUGUGUCCACUUCAACCGUCGUCAAGGUCCGACUCUUCUAUGAAUCGUACUGCCCCUUCAGUCAGCGCUUUAUCACUGACCAGCUGUGGCCUACGUACGAAAAGCUUGGGGAGCUCGUGGAAAUCCGCCUGAUACCGUUCGGGCUCGCCACCAUAAAAAAAUUCACCAGAAAGGACGCCAAAAAGCCUCGAGUACGUCAACUGCAUGUCCGCGUUUCAAAAUCGCCACUGGACGUGGCACAAGCGUGCGCCGGAGCCAUUGGUCUCAAUUGGAAAAUCAUCGAUCGCUGCGUCAAGUCAAAGCUGGGUUCGCUGCUUUUCUACAAGAUGGGACAGAAGACGUGGGCUUUAGUCCCCCAUAUAACCUACGUUCCUUACAUAGAGGUCGACGGUUGGCACAGCAAACUGUUUCAGGAAGAAGCCAUGUCAAAUCUCUUCGGAUUGGUCUGCUCUAGGCUGGGUUCUGCAAAACCCGACAUUUGCAACGUCUCCUAA